GGUGGGUUAAUUUUCUAAUGGCGUCGCUGUGAUUUUCAACAGUGUUUCAACGACUGUUGAUACGGAAAGUCACACAAGUGCAAAUAAUUCGAAUUGAAAUGAAGACCGCCCUGUGAUGUUAUUUAAGAGUUAAAGUCAAAAUCGGACACAAAAAGUUGCAUUGCAGUGUGCAGUGACCAUUCGAAAAUUACAAAAAAUGGCAAAUUUUAGGAAAUCCUCAAGACUUUUAUGUGAAUUAUUAUUAGUGAUAUUAUGUUUAGUGAAUAGGAUUUCCGGUGCUGAAAACAACGCAUCCACAAGUAGGAAAGACACUCAAGCCCAUUGCGUUUGGUACGGCGAGUGCAAUACCUCACCGACAGGCUUGAAGCAAUACUGCCCUUACGACGGCCCUCCAAAACUCCUCAACGACACCACGGCCCUCGAGACCCUCUCAAAAUGGUGUCCACAUCUAGUUUCCGACUCUAGUCAAACUAUAAACACUUGUUGUGAUGCCUCCCAAAUCGCCACAUUCGCUUCCAGUGUCCAACUCGCCGCCAAUUUCCUCAAGAGGUGUCCUUCGUGUAUGAUGAAUCUGGCAGGGCAUUUGUGCGAUUUCACCUGCGGAAAAGACCAAACAAACUAUAUGAAAGUCGUAGAAAUCAAAAAUAAUACGAAAGGAUUGGAAUACAUCACUGCUGUAGAUUUAUACAUUACGAAUGAGUACUUGGAAGGGACCUACAAGUCUUGCAAGCAAGUCAGUGUUCCCUCGAGUGGACAAUUGGCCUUAGAUCUGAUGUGUGGGAAUUGGGGGGCGAGUAAAUGUUCAGCGAUGAGAUGGUUUAAUUUCAUGGGAACUGCAGGAGAUGCGAAUCCUUUUGUGCCAUUCCAGAUUAAUUAUCUGAAUAGUACGGGACCGGUGGAUAAGGACGGAGUCAAAUAUGAGCCUUUGAAUCCGAAAAUUACGCCGUGUAAUAAGGCGAUUGAUUCUAAAACAGCAGCAUGCAGUUGCGUAGACUGCGAAGAAAGUUGUCCGGUUCCUCCGCCGCAACCGCCCGCACCCCAACCCUUUACAAUCGCCGGUUUCGACGGUUACUUCUUCCUAAUGGUGAUUGUUUUCUGCGUUGGCACACUCAUGUUCCUCCUGGUCGUUUUUGUCUGUCCAUCUAGAGCAGAAAUCGUGGGUUUGGUGACCGGGCAUGGUUCAGAAGACAUGCGGGCUGCUGUUGGUAGACGACUGGCGGGCGUCGACAGACAAUCCAGACUGGUGCUUGGUAGCGAUGAGGAAGAUAGCCCCCUUCAGGACUCUAAAAGAUCCAGUGUAACCUCCGAAAUUGGCCAUGAACUCGACACUCAUUCCAUUAAUAAAAUGCCCGGCGAAUACGAAUCGGGUUCGUCGUUUUUGGAAAAACUCGGCGCCAACACCGAUACUUUCCUCCAGCGAUUUUUCGAAUAUUGGGGCACUAUGUGCGCCGAAAGACCGUGGCUGGUGCUGUUUUUGGGCGCUUGUAUCGUAGUAGGCCUCGGCCACGGUAUCAAAUACCUGAAAGUGACCACCGAUCCGGUGGAAUUGUGGGCAUCGCCGACUUCAAGGAGUCGCAUUGAAAAGGAGUAUUUCGAUAGUCAUUUUGAGCCGUUUUACAGAAACGAACAAGUAAUAAUCAAAGCGGUGAAUUUGCCGCAGAUACAUCAUAACACUUCGAAUGGGGAAGUGGUGUUUGGGCCAGCAUUCGAUCCGACCUUUUUGAAAGAGGUUUUGAAAUUGCAAGAGAGGAUCAAGGCGAUUGGUGCCGAGACUGAUUACGCCUUGGGGAGGAUUUGUUUCGCACCGUUGAGGAGUGUGGGGAAGGUCAGUACGGAUGUGGAGGAAUGCGUCGUCCAGAGUAUUUGGGGGUAUUAUCAAAACGAUGAAGAAACGUUUGAUGAAACCGAUAUUGAUCCAGCUGGAUAUGAGACGAACUAUUUGGAUUACUUCAUUUCAUGUGCUCAAAACCCCUACAACCCCAAAUGCCUCGCCCCCUACGGCGGCCCCGUCGAUCCUGCCAUUGCAAUGGGCGGUUUCCUCCAACCGGGCGAAAACCUCUCAAAACAACCAAACUACCAAAACGCCACGGCUGUUAUCCUAACAUUCCUCGUCAACAACUACCACAAUAAAACCAAACUUUCUCCGGCAAUGGAAUGGGAAAAGGCUUUCGUUGCUUUUAUGAAAAACUGGACGGCCACCGAAAAACCCGAUUACAUGGAAAUCGCCUUCACUUCAGAACGUUCAAUCGAAGACGAACUCGACCGCGAAAGCCAAUCCGAUGUCGUCACGAUCCUCAUCUCCUACAUUAUCAUGUUUGCAUACAUAGCAGUGUCUUUGGGACAAGUAAACACAUGUAGUAGGCUCUUGAUUGAUAGUAAAAUCACAUUGGGGUUGGGAGGAGUCCUCAUUGUUCUAGCUUCGGUUGUUUCAUCGGUUGGUCUGUUUGGAUUCGUCGGUUUGCCGGCUACUUUGAUCAUUAUCGAAGUUAUACCGUUUUUGGUGUUGGCUGUGGGUGUGGAUAACAUUUUUAUUUUGGUUCAAACGCAUCAGAGAGAAGGGAAGAGACCAACAGAGACACAUGCGCAACACAUCGGUCGAACUUUGGGCCAAGUCGGACCUUCAAUGCUUCUAACAAGUGUUUCAGAAAGUUGUUGUUUCUUCUUGGGGAGUUUGUCGGAUAUGCCGGCAGUCAGAGCCUUCGCUUUGUACGCCGGAAUGGCGUUAUUGUUCGAUUUUCUCCUCCAGAUCACUUGUUUCGUCAGUUUGUUAUCAUUGGACACCAUCAGACAAGCCAGUAACCGAUUCGACAUCUGCUGCUUCAUCAAAGGAUCAAAGAAAGAAAACAUCCCGCAAGUCAAUCAAGAAGGCCUCUUAUACUCAUUUUUCAAAUCGAUUUAUGUCCCAUUUUUGAUGAACCGUUUCGUACGAGCUUUCGUAAUGAUUGUUUUCUUUGGUUGGUUGUGUUCUUCCAUUGCAGUGGUGCCACAUAUUGAGAUCGGUUUGGAUCAGGAGUUGUCGAUGCCUGAAGACAGUUACGUGUUGAAAUAUUUCAAGUUCUUGAAAGACGAUUUGAGUAUAGGACCGCCGAUGUAUUUCGUGGUUAAGGAUGGAUUGAAUUACAGCGAUACGAAGACGCAAAAUGUGAUCUGUGGUGGACAAUAUUGCGAUUUGGAUUCGUUGAUUACACAAGUUUUUGAGGCUUCGAAGGUGCCCGAAAGGACGUACAUCGCGAGACCGAGUUCUAGUUGGUUGGACGAUUAUAUAGAUUGGUCGGCGGCGGCGAGGACGUGUUGUAAAUACAAUAAGACAACGGGGGCGUUUUGUCCGCAUACUAAAGGCACUUGCGCUACCUGCGACAUCUCCUAUCUGCCUACCAACCACCGUCCAAUCCCCAAAGACUUCGAACACUUUGUUUCUUUCUUCCUGCAAGACAACCCCGAUGAGACUUGCGCCAAAGCCGGUCACGCCGCUUACGGCCAAGGCGUCAACUACGUCACAAACAAAACAACUCAAUUAUCUCAAGUCGGUGCUUCGUACUUCAUGGCCUACCACACCAUUCUGAAAACGUCGAAAGACUACUACGAAAGUAUGCGUGCGGCACGUAAAGUCUCCGCCAAUAUAACAAAGACAAUCAACACCAAAAUACCCUCUAGUAAUAUCGAAGUAUUUCCAUACUCGGUAUUUUACGUUUUCUACGAGCAGUAUUUGACCAUGUGGCCCGACACUUUGCAAAGUAUGGCCAUAAGCUUGGCGGCCAUUUUCGUAGUGACUUUCCUCCUAAUGGGAUUGGACUUUUUCUCAUCGGCUGUGGUCGUGAUAACCAUCACUAUGAUUGUGGUGAAUCUAGGCGGCUUGAUGUACUGGUGGCACAUCACACUUAAUGCCGUUUCGUUGGUGAAUCUGGUGAUGGCGGUGGGAAUCGCUGUCGAAUUCUGCUCGCAUCUAGUGCACAGUUUCUCCGUUUCGUUGAAGACGACGAGGGUGGAAAGAGCGGCCGAUUCGCUGACGAGGAUGGGAAGUUCAAUUUUCUCGGGGAUCACCUUGACGAAAUUCGGGGGGAUUAUCGUGUUGGGAUUUGCCAAAUCGCAGAUUUUCCAAGUGUUCUACUUCAGGAUGUAUUUGGGAAUUGUCCUGUUUGGGGCUGCGCACGGCUUGAUCUUCCUGCCAGUACUGCUGAGUUAUGUUGGAACCCCGAUGAAUAAAGAGAAAUUGGCGAAACACAGGAAUUUAAACGGAGACCAUUUCCAGGAAACGGAAUUCAGCAGAGCGUGAUGCAAACCAGACGCAGAUACCAUCACACACCACCAGAGGGCGCACCGACGAUUGUGUCACCUCUGCUGCCAUCCACUUCAAGUGCCCAUUACGAUGCUAUAGUAUCCGUAGACACGUGAUUAAUCAUGUGACUAUUAUAAGUGUUAGUUUUAUUAAAGAAAUUUAGCCCUUUGUUAGACUUAUCGAAUAGGUGGUGUGUACAUAUAUUAUACUCUCAUUUGUUACUUGAUAGUCAGGGAGUUUUGUGGUGAGUGUACAUGUCUUCGAUUGUGAUCAAGAAUCUUGACCAAAGUAUUAAAAUAUCAUUUUUCUCUAAGACUGCUCGGUCGCAAACUUUUCUAUUGACUAAUACAAUAAGAUGAAAUUACAACCGACUUUGUUGUAAUUUUGUACUUAUCUUAGAUGAAAUUUACUUAAAUGUUGUAACGGCUUAUUUAUUUUUCUAUGUGGCUUUUGUGUUUCUAAGGCUAAGUUGUAUAUAUUUAGUUAGAAAAAUGCUCAUUUGUUUGGGAAAAAAACAGGGUCUUUUUUAUGGCCGUUUCAUAUUAAGUUGUCCUCUAACAUUCCGAAAAUUAUUGUAAAUUUAUAUUUUUGUGCUAGAGUGUGAUUAAAUGUAUUUUACAA